AUGGAAAGACUGCAAGAAGAACUGAAGGAAUGGAAGGAAAAAGUUGAACAAGCUGAAAAAGCGAAAGCUGACCUUCUUCUCUGUAAAGUAAGUGCUGAUGAAGAGUGUAUUAAAGCAGAGGAGGAGCUGAUAAAGCUGAAGGACUUUCAAGAGAAGCAGCAUAAAGACAUUAUUAUGUCUAGGGACACCCAUGAGAGAGAACUCUGUCUACUAAACCAAGAAAACGCUGAGCUGAAGAGAGAGAUUGACAAGCUGAAAGAAGACCUUGCCGAAUGUAAUUCAAUUAAAAAAAAGGUAGCAGAAAUGAAAGUGAAGUUCACUCACAUGGAAGACAUGAAGGAUGAUUAUGCAGAUAUGAAUACUCACUGUGUUUUUGGUGUAACUACAAAAAUCCCAUUCAGACUGAAUCAAGACCAGGCACUGCUUACUUUUGAAGAUGAAGAAGUUGCCCAGAGACUGACAGAAAUGGGGAAGCAUGCUGUGAACCUGGACAAUAAAAUAGCAGAUGUGAGAGUGAAGCCUUUUACACUUGAAAUGGGAAUGAAAUUCGAGCUCCAUGUCACUAUUUCUGGAAAGAAGAUCAACGUUUCAGAAGUACCUGAGCUGUCCCUUCCUGAAGACUGGAUGAGAGACAAAUUAGAGCUGAAUUUCUACAAAUCUGAACAGGGAGGAGGAGGAGAAGUAGAAAAUGUGGAUUAUGACCAGCAGUCUAGAACAGCUGUUAUUACAUUCCUCAGACCUGGAGCAACUAACGUCUUUACGAGAUGUACUAAAUAUCCUUUCUUUGUAAAUGGAAGGUGCUAUAGACUUUCUGUGUCCCCGAACACCGACGUACACUUGGAAAAGUUUCAGAUUUUCUGUGCGAUUUCUAAGAAGACCAUUCUGUUGCAAGGAAUUCAGGAGACGGAAGAUGAUGAGGAAAGUGUACAGGACAUGAUUGAAAUUCAUUUUCAAAAGCCUAGUAAUAGUGGUGGGGAAAUAGAGAAAAUCAAAUAUGUAUCAAAAGGAGCAACAUGGGUUUCUUUUGAGGAGGAUACUUAG